CUUUCAGCCUUCAUGCUCCCAUCUCUUGCCAGUCUCCACUGCUCACCAGCCUGUCACCAUGGUAAGAUGUUUAGACAGACUGGUCUGGGACAACGACAGCAGCGGUGACAGCCAAGAUGGUGGUUACGGUGAUGAUGGUGAUGCUCCAUUGCGUGGUCGUUCAUUCCGCAUCUAGCUUUCCUACUGGUGCGUUCAGAUCGCCAAAAAACGAUAAUCAAGAGGUUUUUAACUUUCCUGACAUCACUUCCGGUGUAUCCUCCGGCUCAACUCUUGUCGAAGAUCGCGAAAAGGAAUCCAUUUUUUCGGCUGAUCAACCUCUGACCCCAGCGGGCUCUGCCUCUAAUCAGGCCGAAGAAGGCUCCUCCCCCGACAGACAGACCGGUCAAGACGUCAGUCUGACGGACACCACGAACAUUAACUCUGUCCUAUCUUCCGGAGUUCAGGAACUGACGUCAGAGAUUUUGGACGCUACUCGCCUGAGUGAGGGGGGACAACUGAGUAAUGCUCCGAACACUACGACGAAAAAAUAUGAUGGACCCGAUGGUGUGAGUGGUUCUGCGUCGUCUGUUGGGAGAGAUGAGCUUCCGGUGUUCACCGCUGAGCCAAUACUUCAGCUUGACGACGAGAGGAAGACUGACUCUGUAGAGAUUGUGACUGAUUCUUCUCUUGAUGACGACGAAAAUGUCAAUGAAAAUGAGUUUCCGACUGGGGUGUCAGACCGAGAUGAAGCCUUGCUGUCCACGCCGGAAGACAUGUUCACACAAACUAGUGAAGAUGUGGUAUCCUUGCUGAACACUGUCAACGAUGACUCUGAUCUUUUUACUCUACCCCAAACGUCGAUGGCGCCUGCAGAGACACCAGAGAGUGACAUGAAGCUCGAUUCACAAGAUUCGUUGUCCUCAAGUGUAGAGCCCUUCGCUACUUCCAACGAUGUGAUGUCAUGGAGCGCCACUGUCAAGCGAUCAACGAUGAAAUCCGAACUGCCACUGUCAAGUGGAAAGGAAGCUUUGUACACCAAAUCUGACAGUUUUUCUUUUUCAGCCAAUCCCAUGCAAGGAUCUCAACGCACGAGGCGCGAGUCCUUGUCCACAGGGUCUGCUCAGUCAAAGACUGAAGAUCCGAACAUUACAGGGGAAACCGAGUGGACGAAGGAAGCAGCCAUCUUGUACACUGCACUAGAUACUUCUGCAGACCCCACCAAGAAUCCUCCAGCUCCAGAAGACAUCGAUGGAACGAAAGAAUCUCCUGUCCAGGCUUCCAAGGAGCUGACGAUUGGCCCUGAUGGUGUGUCACGGGAUCCAGGGAACGAUGAUAGCCAACCGUCGGGAGCUGUGCGCGGCAGUCCGGACUCCACAGAAGCACCAGACACUGCUACAGCCAUUUUGCUUCUCGGUCGGUCGAGCGAGGAAAGUUCUGCUGGUGCGAGCGAGGGAGUUCAGACGGUAUCAGAAGCAAACGGCAGCACCAAACAAGAGAAGACAGCACUCGGUGAUGUCACGGCAGCAGUCAGGUCAUCGGAGACAGCGGCUGACAGUUCGUCACGUGAUGUGUCCUCGGUCCAAAAGGUCAGCGAUGUUCACUCCACGGGAGAACAGUACGGGACGGAAGUGACCAAGUCGGACGAACAUUCCAGAACCAGCGACGCCCUGACAAGUCAGUCCGAUGUACCGGACUUUGCUACUACCAGAAGUGACAAGAAAGGCCAGGGCAAGGGCUCCAGUAAAAGAAGUCCGAAUACCAGGGUUACACCUGUCCGGACAACGAAAGUGCGACGCGAGACACAAGGGGAGAGCACUCUAGAUAACACGCAGACGACGAAGUCUGCAUCAGAAGCUGAGCUGAUGACGACAUCUGAGCACCUGACAGAUGAUACCUCAAUGGUUCUUACAACGACUGAGAUGUCGACAACAACCACGGCGACAACGACAACGACACGACGACCUUUGGUUCUGGGCGACAAGUGCAGUGAACCUUCAGACUGCCAGAAAUACAUUAACAGCAGCACCUGUGCUUCUGGUGUAUGUGUCUGUGCUAGGGGCUACUUCAAAAAAGACAGCAGUUGUUAUGCAGAGCCUCGCAAUCUCACAGUGACACAGAGAAAUGACUAUAUGGACAUAUUCUGGGAGGGAGACAAUAUAGAGUAUACAGUCUACAUCAACAUCUCCAACAAGUACAACACAACUUCCAAGAUGUUUAAGUCACUGGAACACAAGUAGACUUCUCUUCCAUCCACCCGGGAAGUGUGAUUAAAGCCGUGGUCACGGUCUCAGGUUCAAACAGUUCCACUGUCACGGCCAGUGAGAC